CUCAAAUAGAAUCUAGGGUUUCUCACUUCCAAGUCAAGUGAGCGAUUCCCUUCUCUCACCAUCACCACCUAUCGCCUCUGCCUCACUUCCACGUGCAUAUUGAGAUUCAUGAGUAGCACUUCAAGCGAACACUAUGGUGAUCACAAAACUCACAUAUUGAGAGUCAUGAAUAGCGCUUUAAGCGAAGAUGAUGGCGAUCACAAAACAGGCAUAUUGAGUGGUAUGAGUAGCCCUUCAAGCGGCGAUGAUGAUCGCAAAAGGCAGUCAAUACUGUCAGCUGAUCAAGAAACUGAUGAAGGAGAUACCACUGGAGGAGAAGGAGGAGAAGGUGGUCUAAAGAAAGGUCCAUGGACAGCGGCAGAGGAUGAAAUCUUGGUAGCUCAUGUUCAAAAAUAUGGUGAGGGAAACUGGAAUUCAGUCCGGAAAUGUACCGGACUUGCUCGCUGUGGGAAAAGCUGUCGUCUACGAUGGGCAAAUCAUUUGAGACCUGAUCUCAGAAAGGGUGCAAUUACUGCUGAAGAAGAACGCCGAAUCAUUGAGUUGCAUCAUAAGAUGGGAAAUAAAUGGGCUCAAAUGGCUGCACUGUUGCCUGGACGUACAGAUAAUGAGAUAAAGAACUUUUGGAACACAAGAUGCAAGAAACGGGGUCGGGCAAACUUACCAAUCUACCCUGAAGAUUUAUCAUCUGAAUGUCUGCUGAAUCAAGAAAAUGCUGACAUGUUGACAAAUGAAGCCAGCCAGCAUGAUGAAGCAGAGAACAAAGUACCUGAAGUGAUAUUUAAAGAUUACAAACUCCGCCCUGAUAUUUUACCACCAUGUUUUGAUAAGCUUCUAGCUGGCUUGUUAUUGCGUCCCUCUAAGCGCCCUUGGAAGUCCGAUAUGAAUUUGUACAGUUAUAGCAAUAAUGCUGCUGCCCCAGCAGCAUUUGAUCAGCUCAGAAAAUAUCCUAUGCCAUCUCCUUCGUCUCCUCCAUGGGAGGAUAUUAAUGAACCACAUAGCUACAAUCAGUUUAAUGAAUAUGAUAACCCUAUGGUCGGUAUUCACAUGGCACCAAAAACCUCUUCUUUUGAGCCCAUAUAUGGGUUCAUGAAGACUGAGCCCCCUUCACUCCAAUAUUCACAGACUCAACAUCGUAGCUAUAUGAUUCCAUAUCCUCAAGUUGAGCCUGUUCAGUCAGUUCCAACUUCUCUAGAGAGGAGUCAUUUUCUUCCAUCCAAUGAAGCAAAUCUUAGCACACAAUGGGAUGAGUCAGAUGAUCAGUAUGAUGGUUUAUUUCCGUCCUUUGACUAUAAUAACAAUAAUCAUAUGAACACGUGCUCAACUGACGGGCACCACUCAGCUGAAACUACUCAGGGUCAUGAUAUUAUUAACCAUGCUGCAUUUAAUCAGAUCCCAGAUUACUUUUCUUCUGAGAGAGAUGAUUUGAGGAGAAAAAUAUUUGCGCAUCCAGAUGCUGCGCCUGUGGUUGAUGACUUCGCUUGGUAUUAUAAAAUAGAAUAAAUAUGAUAAAUCUGUUGUUCUAGAAGUGCAUGCUCUUCUUGGUAAAGAGUUCAUUUGUUAGCACUUGUUGGCAGAUCGUGAUACUAACUACUCGGUUUUAUUUUUCCUUUUUUAUGGUUUGAGAUUUCACUAUGUUGAAAUUUGUUGGUUGUCACUUUGUAUAGUUUUUACAUUGGAACUAUGGUAUUUGAAAAGCGUGUGUAUAUUGGUCUGUGAUCUUAACUUUAAGAAAUGUUAAUUCAAACUUGCA